AUGAAAUUUGUAAUACUUUUAGCUAUCACUGCAUUUAUACUAUCAUUCACAGGACAAUCUUCUGCAAUUGUGCGAACAGAGGAAGUGGAUGAAUGGACAAAGGAUAACCUGGGCACGUAUUUCAACAAGUACAAAAUUCUGUAUGAUAGGACCUCGGAUCACAAGUCGCUGAGCGAGAUUGCGCAAUCAUACAAGGACGCUGCUACUGCCAAUGCAAAGUACUUUUUGGGCACCAAUGUGGAUCAGAUCCUGUUUGGCUUUACACAAACUCUGAGCAAAAACACGCAUUUGGCAAAGAACGAUAUUGAUGCCUUCAUCACUGACCUGAAGCACCAAUUGCGUCAGUUGGAAUUAAAGGGGCAACUAUCAAAGGAGCGUGUUAAAGCUGUUUUAGACAAGGCGCAUCAUCAAGCUGUGAAACAGAGGCUGCUGACCGAGGAUCAAUGGCAAAAGGCAUACCACUCUGUAGAGUCUCACUAUCAACAACCCUCUUGGUUCCAACGCGUCAUUACUGGCAAAACAAGCAUUGUAGACGACGGUGCUGCUGCCUUCAAUCACUGGAUGCAAUCUGUCACGGAUCACAUUACUCAUAUUGGCGGUCUCACCAAGGAACAGGCAAAGGAUGUGGGCGAGCAGAUCCGCACUAGCAUCUCAAACACUGAUAUUCAUCGUCUUGGCGACAAGGCUUGGCUUGAUCACCUCUCUCAAUCCAUCUCCAAGCAAACACAGCUCAAGAAAGAUCAACUGGACAAGAUUAUUGAUUCCAUCAAUCGUGAUGUACAUGGAUACAAGAUAUUUGGUCUGGAAUACACUGGGCAAGCCAAGGAUCAUGUGAAAAACUGGUUUGAGCGUGUAAAGUAUGGCUGUGAGGAUGUGUGGUAUCAAAUCAAGUCCUUCUUUAGAUCAUGUCAAGCGCAUGUUGAAAGAGUACUCAAUUUGAAGCAGUUGAAAAAGCCCAAAGUGGUUGCCAAGGAGGCUGCUGCUUCUGUCAAAUCUGUUGCUAGCUCUCUUUCGAGUGAGUGGAGCUCCUCCUCCAAAUCCAUGGCUCAUUCGCGUACGAUUCAUUCUGCUCUGUCCAAAGCGUCUGGUGCUGCUGCUUAUGCUACCGACAAGGUGCACAAUUUUGACCCAAGCGAAAUCAAGGACUCAUUCGGCCAUUUCUGGAGAAAGAAGGAGCACGAUGCUUAUCGCAAGUUGGGUUAUACAGAAGCUCACAUUGACUGGAUCCAGAAUUAUCUCGAAAAGACCUUUAAAAACCAAAAGGCUUCUGUCAAGGGCAAAACUGACGAGGCAGCCAUUGCUAUUAAGCGAUAUCUCGACGGAUUAAAGGUGCAAACACCUAGCCAGGUCGAUCAAAACAUCCACAAAUUGAAGCGUCAUUUAGAGUCUUGGAGAACGCUUGUUGACUAA